AACUGGUGCCUUGCCAGAAGAGGUGGGUAUAUAAUGUUAACGAGGUUAACUGGGUCUGCUGACGAUCCCACAACCGGCCCUUCAAACUUUACCCAAAAGUCUCUAACUCCAACUUCAGCAAAUCCUCAGAAAACGACGAUCAAUGGCCAAAAUGACACCGUCGCCGGCAAUUCUCCUCCUCACCCUCCUCCUCCUGAUCACACCGCCGCCCUCCCAAUCCCUCCCCUACUCCCAAUACCGCACCCUCUUCUCCCUCGCCCACUCGCUCAGGACGCACGUGGCCAACCUCCGCGCCUCAAGCGGCGACCACGCCGGUUCGAACUGGGCCAGAAACAUCGCCGCCAAAAUGGAGAGCGGGCUGGGCCUCGUCUUCAUGUGGUCGGCGGGGAGGGACUACCUCAAGAACUGCUCCUGGAGGGAGCUGCCGUACGCGGAGAUGUACGGCGCCGCGUCAGAGAUGAGCGAGUUGAUGAGGUGGCUCGGUGAGUUGACUCGGAAGGAAUCGGACUCCGAGCGAUCCGCUUCGUUGCUGCAUAGGCUCCUCAGAGUGUUCAGUCAGUCGGGAUCUGUCAGAGAAGUGGUGAAGGCAUUUCAAAAAGAGGUGGUGGAGGGCGAGCUAUUGAAGGACUAUCUUGAAUUGGGCAGCAUUGACUUUCGAUACCGCACCCUCUUCUCCCUCACCCACUCGCUCAUGACGCUCGUGGCCAACCUCCGCGCCUCCCGCGGCGACCAUGUCGGUUCGGACCGGGCCAGAAACAUUGCCGCCAAAAUGGAGAGCGGGCUGGGCCUCGUCUUCAUGUGUUCGGCGGGGAGGGACUACCUCAAGAACUACUCCUGGAGGGAGCUGCCGUACACGGAGAUGUACGACGCCGUGUCAGAGAUGAGGGAGUUGAUGAGGUGGCUCGGUGAGUUGACUCGGAAGGAAUCAGACUCUGAGCGAUCCGCUUCGUUGCUGCAUAGGCUCCUCAGAGUGUUCAGUCAGUCGGGAGUUGUCAGAGAAGUGGUGAAGGCAUUUCAAAAAGAGGUGGUGGAGGGCGAGCUAUUGAAGGACUGUCUUGAAUUGGGCAGCAAUGACUUUCGAGGUGUGCUUCAGAUCCUCAAGGAUUUGGGAUUACAGUACAGUUCCGCCGCUAGUUCUAUAAGCACCAAGAACUUUGACAUCUCUACUCCAAGGUGCUAAGAAAUUGUCCCAUUUUGUAGUUUGUUGUACGAGAAUGAAUUGUUUAUAUCUAUGACUGUGUUGUAGGGCUGGGCAUGAGACGAGAUAUAGCUAAUCUCACGGCUCGUCCCGGACAUUGAAAUUGGAACGGGACGGGACGGGCUUUGCCUUUUUAAAUUUCAUCCCACCCGGCUCCUAUCCUAGUUGAGACGGGAUGGGACGGGACGGGACGGGCCUAAUCCCGGAUAAAAAAAGUUGAAAAUAAACUUGUAAGCAAAAGAAAUAAUUUCAUAGUUUUAUAGUGUUUUUUUCUCUAUU